GACGUCACAAAAUCUUUGACAGUACUUCCUGGAGUGAUGUUUGUUGUGGGAAAUAAGUGCGGUAGUGUUGGACCUGAGAGAGACGGGGGGCGGGCGUAAACACUGAGGCCACAGUCACGGGGAGAAGGACGUGCCGGACACUCUCCACUACACUGUCCCACCUGCAGGCAUGCGGCCGCGGCAGCUCGUGACCGGUAUCCGAUAAGGAGAAGUGACGAGUGAGACGGAGACAGGAGGAGACACACACUCGGUGGAGGAUAUCCACGGACACGCCGCAGAGCCGAGCCGAGCCGAGCAGAGCCGCCGACAGCCCGCUUGGAGCUGUCGCGAUGUGGUAGCUAAAACCAUGGAGAGCAGAAUAAAGGAGAAUCCAGAGAGAACUUUUGAUCUGAUUGUACAGGUGACAUGUCCAGCAUCUGAAAAUGAGGAUCCAACCGUGCUGUGGAGCUUCCCCCAGGACCACACAGACCAGGAGGUCCUUCAGACGAUACCAAAGUUCUGCUUUCCCUUUGACGUGGAAAGGGUUAACAAGAGUCAGGUGGGGCAGAAUUUCACCUUUGUGCUGACGGAUAUCGACGGCAAGCAGAGGUUUGGUUUCUGUCGACUCACCCAAGGUUGCCGGGUCUGCAUAUGUCUGCUCAGUUAUCUACCAUGGUUUGAAAUCUACUACAAGCUGCUAAACACCUUGGCAGACUACCUAUUGAAACAGCAGGAAAAUGACUUGAAUGACAUGCUGAAUUCUCUCUAUGAUCUGCCUGUACCAAAGCCCUUCACGCCAGUCAACCUGAGUGUGAAUGAGCAGUUGUAUAUUGCCACUGGGCAAGUACUGAGAGAUCAGCGAAGCAAGGAGCCGCACUCCUACUUCAUUGCCCCGGAUAUCAAUGGACUGCCAACCAUCCCUGAGAGUAGAAACCUGACAGAGUAUUUUGUGGCUGUGGACAUCAACAACAUGCUCCAGCUCUACGCCAGUAUGCUGCACGAACGACGCAUCAUCAUUACCUCAAGCAAGCUUAGCACUUUAACUGCAUGUGUCCAUGGUGCGGCUGCUCUGCUCUUUCCCAUGUUCUGGCAACACAUCUUCAUCCCUGUACUGCCACCACAUCUACUAGACUACUGCUGUGCCCCCAUGCCAUACUUUGUGGGAGUUCACCUUAGUCUACUGGAGAGAGUACGCAGUCGAUCACUGGAGGAUGUGGUCAUUCUCAACGUAGACACCAACACCCUGGAGAGUCCCUUUGAUGACUUUCACAACCUGCCCAGUGACGUGAUGUCCUCACUGAAGAGCAAGCUGAAAAAGCAGUCGACAGCGACAGGAAGUGGUGUGGCACGGGCCUUCCUGAGAGCGCAGGCCGCUCUGUUUGGAUCCUACCGCGACGCCCUGCGAUAUAAACCUGGGGAGCCAAUCACAUUCUGUGAAGAGAGCUUUGUCAACCAUCGCUCAAGCACCAUGAGAAGCUUCCUGUCCAUGGCUGUCAACCUGCAGCUCUUUAAACAGUUCAUCGACGGACGGCUGGCCAAAUUGAACGCAGGCCGCGGCUUCACCGACAUGUUUGAAGAGGAAAUCACCGAGGGGGGCUUCUGUGGAAGUAAUUCAAAGUCCUAUCAGCAGUGGAUGCACACUGUAAAGAGAGGGGGAGCACUCAUCAACACAGCUGUGACAAAGGCCAAGAGUCAUGCCAAGAGGGGCAUCCGGGACAUUAAGGGCAGACUUAAAGCCAGGGAAGAAGAAGAAGAGGGAGUGAUGGUCUGCGCGGGGUCUCCCACUAGCACCAAGAGCCUGUCUCCAAGGAGACUGCAGAAGAUGAGACGGCAGAACCUCCGCAAGUCUCCCAUGAGCAUGGACCCCCGAGAUCUUGGCUAUGGUCUUGAUGAUGAUGAGCUAGACAGUGCAAGCAAAAUCUCCUCAGAGGACAGUGGGGACGUUCCCUCUUACACCGAGGACAGCGAUGACUCGUACUCGCUGGAGCUCGACAUCGACUCGUCCAGCUCGGGUCAGAUGAACCUGCUGGCGGAAAUCCUGGACUCUCUGAACACCACGACGCUGGAACAGGGAAGACUCAGCGCAGCCAAGAGCCUGGACUUCUUCCGGUCCAUGGAUGAAUUAGACUACAAGACCCCGACUAAACCCGCUCCCUCCAGCGAGUCUAAACCUGCAGAUGAGAGUGAUUGUGGUGAUGAUCAGAGCAGCUGGAACAUGGGCCAGGAUGAUAGCGCAGUCCAUGGGAAACAUCUCCCACCGUCUCCACGGAGACAGCCCAACAAGAGCAGCCUGAAGAAACCCACGGUAGCUCCUCCUGUGACUGUCGUUGUCGCUGCUACGCCCCCAGCCAAGAGGGACAACGUCUCCAAACCUUCUCCUAAGCCCAACUCUGACCCCGUCCUUCGCCCUUUACCUCCAGCACGACAGCCAGAAAACCGCUUCUCCUACUCGCCCUUACUUCCCCUCAGACUAACACCCGCUCCACCAUCUCACAUGCUCUCUGUCAGUUAUAGUUCUCCAGCAACAGAUUCUCACCUGGACUAUUCUUGUGCUCCAGCGGGCCGGUCCCGGACCAUUUCAGAACCCCAAACCAGCACUGUACCUCCUCAGAGCCAGAACCAGAUUUCCUCUACCAGCAUCCUGAGGAGGAAGGUAGUGUCGAAGGAGGUGGUGAGGCAGUACCAGGAAAAGGCCCUCCACAGGCAGGGCAGCAAAAAGGAAGAAGAGGGAAGCCUAUCCAAGCACAGACAGUCCACUGUGCUGGUUCCCUGGGAGAAAGAGGAGUCAAAGGAUGGACUACUUGGGGUCAAUCUGUCUCCGGGUCAGAAUAAAAGCUCCAGUGAUGCGGUGGUGCAGGAUCGAGGCGUCCUCCAGGACAGCGAUUCCACGCGUUGCCUCACUUCUGUUGUCCACAGCGGCCUGCAGCUCUCCAAGGUUCACUGCAGCAACAGUCACCACCAGGUCCAGGACAAAGCCACAGACCCAUCCUGAGCGAGGUCAAACACUCAGUCUGUAAAACGCCAUAGGGUCUGAUCAAAUAUGUUCACUGUCAUUCUUCUAGAACAUUUAGCUGCAGUCAUAGAGAAAGAUUUCAACUGUGAGGUAUAAGCUUUGUUACAGGAAAAGGAAAUAAUCUGAACACAUCUCUAGAAGAAGGUAACACAUUUUUCAUUUUUAACU